UGGGAGAGGCUCUUUCAGCCAAUCCGUGGAGGAGAGGUCUGGUGACGCCACCAGCCGCGCACCAGCCGGUCUCUUGACGUCAUCCAUCAGCGCCGGAAGCGAUGAGUUACAGCUAGAGUAACGUGAUCUAGUACGUCUCCGACGUUUGGAGAUGAGGUCUUGUUGUGGUGCCCAAGCUGGACUUGAACCCUGAGGCUCAAGCAAUCCUUCCACCUUGGCCUCCUAAGUAGCAGGGACUACAGUAGAGACGGGGUUUCACCAUGUUGACCAGGAUGGUCUUGAUCUCUUGACCUCAUGAUCCACCCGCCUUGGCCUCCCAAAGUGCUGGGAAUGCAGAAUGGUGAUGCGGGUGUGCUGGUUGGUGAGACAGGAUAGCCGGCACCAUCGAAUCAGACUUCCACAUUUGGAAGCAGUUGUGAUUGGUCGUGGCCCAGAGACCAAGAUCACUGAUAAGAAAUGUUCUCGACAGCAAGUACAGUUGAAAGCAGAGUGUAACAAGGGAUAUGUCAAGGUAAAGCAGGUAGGAGUCAAUCCCACCAGCAUCGACUCAGUCAUAAUUGGGAAGGACCAAGAGGUGAAGCUGCAGCCUGGCCAGGUUCUCCACAUGGUGAAUGAACUUUAUCCAUAUAUUGUAGAGUUUGAGGAAGAGGCAAAGAACCCUGGCCUGGAAACACACAGGAAGAGAAAGAGAUCAGGCAGCAGUGAUUCUGUGAAAAGGGAUGCUGCCCAGGAAGCUGAGCCUAGUACAGGGACGGAUCCUGGGAGCAACCCUAGCCAAUGCUCGGUGCCCCCAAAGAAGGGAAAAGAUUUACCUGUCAAAAAGCAAUCACUGGGCCACUGGAGUCAAGGCUUGAAGAUUUCUAUGCAGGACUCCAAAAUGCAGGUUUACAAAGAUGAGCAGGUGGUGGUGAUAAAGGAUAAAUACCCGAAGGCCCGUUACCAUUGGCUGGUCUUACCAUGGACCUCCAUUUCCAGUCUGAAGGCCGUGACCAGGGAACACCUUGAACUCCUCAAGCAUAUGCACACUGUGGGGGAAAAGGUGAUUGUAGAUAUUGCUGGGUCCAGCAAACUCCGCUUCCGAUUGGGCUACCACGCCAUUCCGAGUAUGAGCCAUGUACACCUUCAUGUGAUCAGCCAGGAUUUUGACUCUCCUUGCCUUAAAAACAAAAAACAUUGGAAUUCUUUCAAUACAGAGUACUUCCUAGAAUCACAAGCUGUGAUUGAGAUGGUACGAGAGGCUGGUAGAGUGACUGUUCGAGAUGGGAUGUCUGAGCUCUUGAAGCUGCCCCUUCGUUGUCAUGAGUGCCAGCAGAUGCUGCCUUCCAUUCCUCAGCUGAAAGAACAUCUCAGGAAGCACUGGACACAGUGACUCUGCGGAGCCUGAACUGCUGCUGCGAGUGUGACCAAGAGCAAACUACUGGCACCUAUUCUGGGUUGCUUGUGAACUUCUACUCACUUCCUAAAUUAAAACAUGCAGCUGUUUCUCAACUUUUUUUCUAUUAUUGAGUGGCCACAAUGUAGAGUGGCUCAUAGUAGUUCAGGAAUUAGGAAUUUGGGUUUGUUGUAGAUGUAUUCUCUGGUGAGGGUGGCUGAAAUAUACCUGACCCACCAUCUUCAGGACCCAUAUCAGGUCUGACCAGUGGGAGCAAAGCCAUGUUCACGUUGAUCUAAUGCAUAGUAUGGAAGCAGUGGGCUGGUUAUAUAUUUCUGUUUCUUAGAUUUAUCCUCUACCUCUGUAGGCAUAGACACCCUUUAAACAGAGCAGCCAGAGUGGCCUCUUGUUUAUCCUGAAGAUACUGAUGGGUCUUGUUUUCUUUUGAUAUUCUUUCCCCUUCCUUCAUGGGGAGGCUUAGUUUGUCCAGUCUUUCCAUGCCCUUCUAUCCCAGAUCACCUAAAUGCUCCCUUCUCAGGAAUUCUGUCUCAUGAGUUCUUCACUGUGAGCAAAGAAGCCAGAUGAGGGUGUAGAGGGUGGAGUUUUCUUCUAAAUCAAGGGUUCCUGGCUGGCGAGGAAACACUCAGCCACAUGUUCAUUAUGAUUCAGCUAUGAAGUCGCCUUGGAACUGUUGUCUGAAAAUAAAGUUAAUUUAAUUGAGGCUCUCUCUUAAGUAGGUGCAAACUGUCGAAGUUCAGCCGACAAUCACAGCGGAUACCAAUGCAUGAAAAGGUGACUGGUGAAUGAAAAAGUUGCACAGAGCCACUACUUUAUUUUUCCCUGAGAACAAGUUUGGUUGAAACA